AUGGCAUGUGACCGGCUGCUCGAUAUCCCUUGCAAUGUGUGUGGCGACAGGAGCUCUGGGAAACAUUACGGCAUUUACAGUUGCGACGGGUGUUCAGGAUUCUUCAAGCGGUCGAUACAUCGUAACCGCGUGUACACCUGCAAGGCGGGUGGCGAGAUGAAGGGGCGCUGCCCGGUCGACAAGACCCACAGGAACCAGUGCCGCGCCUGCAGGCUCGCCAAGUGCUUUCAAGCCAACAUGAAUAAAGACGCGGUCCAGCACGAGCGAGGUCCCCGGAAGCCUAAGCCGCAUCCAGGCGCAUUAGGAUCUUUACCGCCGCCUCUCGGACAUACUCACAAACCACACCCUUUGAAGCUCUCUCCUCCAUCGCCCUACACCACACUGGCUCAGCCGUUCAACUUUCAGUUCAGCAUAAGUGGAAUAAGCGAACCAGCACCACUAAGCACGGCAUCGUCCGCCGGCUCAAGCAAUGCGGGAGGUGCAGGUGCAGUCAGCCCAUUGCCCCUGAUCGCCGAGCCCUUCCUCGCGCCGCCACCUCCUGGACUACUGCAUAUGCUUAUGUCUAGUGAUAAAUGUCAGGAGUUGAUGUGGAGUGCGAAGCAAUUGCAACUCCAAGGCGAUCCUUCUCUAUUGCGUCCGCCGCCGAAUGCAUUCGGAGCUCCACUCGCACCUACUUGGGAAUUAUUACAAGAAACGAGCGCACGUUUACUCUUCAUGGCAGUUCGAUGGGUUCGAUGCUUAGCACCGUUCCAAGCGUUAGCGACGAGCGACCAGCUAGUCCUACUGCGUGCCGCGUGGAAGGACCUGUUUGUGCUGCACCUGGCGCAGUGGUCGGCGCCGUGGGACUUGGCGCCGCUGCUCGCCGCACCCGCUGCCCGCGCGAGGCUGCCGCCUGAACCGCUAGCUGAUCUCGAACUUAAUACUCUACAAGAAAUCCUUUGCCGGUUUCGUCAAAUUGCCCCCGAUGGAAGCGAGUGCGGCUGCAUGAAAGCGAUAGUUCUCUUUUCACCAGAUACACCUGGACUAAGCGAAACGCAGCCCGUGGAAAUGUUACAAGACCAGGCGCAAUGCAUUUUAGCAGACUACGUAAGGACAAGAUACACACGACAGCCCACCAGGUUCGGCCGUCUCCUCCUCCUGCUGCCAUCGCUACGAGCAGUGCGAGCGCGUUCCAUAGAACUGCUCUUAUUUCGCGAAACAGUGGGGGACGUGUCUGUAGCUACUCUGCUGCACGACAUGUACAGGAUGCAGCCUGCGCCCGCGCCCGCCUUCCAACCACCACCUCCACCAUCCACUGACCAUUGCUCUUCGCCAUAA